GCGGCGUAAGAGCAGAUUUCAGACCGGUUUAUCGCCGACGCUGAGGAGGACGCCGAGGUAGAGAGCCUCUUAUAUUUGUUUGAAAAAAGUUAAAAUCGGGAUUGUCACGUUAAACAAACUUGACAGUAAACUCAGCAGUCGAGCAGUUUAUGUAGGUCAGGUGUAGUGGGGAGACAAGAAGACUUCUAACCGACGGGACAGCGAAGCGGCCCGGUUCGACUUCACCGAACGAAGCCGGGGAGAAGAUAUCACGAACGGCGGAGCUUGGCUGAUGCGUGCGGGGCCAGCCGAACCACACUGAACGUUUUAAUCUACGAGGAUUAUUGAUCAUAACGUGCCGGUUCAUCCGGACAGACACCCCCAUGAAUGGAAAUCGGAACAACAGGAGCCGUUGAAGCCCAAGCGCUAUUCACAUUGCCACGGCGACCGGGAUAUGGCACCCUUGGAAAAUCCAUCAAGCUUCUGGCCAACUGUUUUCAGGUGGAAAUCCCCAAGAUUGAUGUCUACCUGUAUGAGGUGGACAUUAAGCCUGAUAAAUGCCCGCGGCGGGUCAAUAGGGAGGUAGUGGACACCAUGGUGCAGCAUUUUAAGGUGACCAUCUUUGGUGACCGGCUGCCAGUUUAUGAUGGGAAGAAGAGCCUCUACACUGUGAGCCCACUUCCUGUCGCCACUGGUGGGGUUGAUCUGGAUGUCACCCUGCCAGGUGAAGGUGGGAAGGACCGACCUUUUAAAGUCACAAUUAAAUUUGUGUCAUUAGUCAGCUGGCACAUGCUACAUGAAGUCUUGACCGGACGUGGAGCACCAGGGCCACUGGACCUGGAUAAACCUCUGAGCACUAACCCCGUUCAUGCUGUGGAUGUUGUCCUUCGGCAUCUGCCCUCCAUGAAGUACACCCCUGUUGGAAGAUCCUUCUUCUCCUCCCCAAAGGACUAUGACCAUCCACUAGGUGGAGGAAGAGAAGUUUGGUUUGGCUUCCAUCAGUCAGUACGGCCAGCCAUGUGGAAGAUGAUGCUAAAUAUUGAUGUGUCAGCCACAGCUUUCUACAAAGCCCAGCCAGUCAUUCAGUUCAUGUGUGAGGUUCUGGACAUUCACAACAUUGACGAGCAGCCACGCCCUCUCACAGACUCCCACAGGGUCAAGUUCACCAAAGAGAUCAAAGGUCUUAAAGUGGAAGUGACACACUGUGGAACCAUGCGUAGGAAGUACAGAGUCUGCAAUGUAACACGGCGCCCUGCCAGCCUCCAGACAUUUCCAUUGCAGCUUGAGAACGGUCAAACAGUUGAGCGCACAGUGGCUCAGUACUUCAGAGAGAAGUACAAUCUGCAGCUGAAAUAUCCCCACCUGCCUUGUCUGCAGGUGGGACAGGAACAGAAACACACCUACUUGCCUCUAGAGGUGUGCAACAUUGUAGCAGGACAGCGCUGUAUUAAAAAGCUAACGGACAACCAAACCUCAACCAUGAUCAAAGCCACAGCCCGCUCUGCACCAGACAGACAAGAGGAGAUUAGCAGGCUGGUGCGGAGUGCAAACUAUGAUGCCGACCCGUUUGUCCAGGAGUUUCAGUUCCGUGUGCGAGAUGAGAUGGCUCAGGUGACGGGUCGCGUCCUGCCAGCCCCCAUGCUGCAGUAUGGUGGCAGGGUGAGCUCUGAACCCUUUAUGAACCGCACGGUGGCCACACCCAGUCACGGGGUUUGGGACAUGAGAGGGAAGCAGUUUCACACUGGAGUGGAGAUCAAGAUGUGGGCCAUCGCCUGCUUUGCCACCCAGAGGCAGUGCAGAGAAGAGAUCCUCAAGAGCUUCACUGACCAGCUGCGGAAAAUCUCAAAGGAUGCUGGGAUGCCUAUCCAAGGCCAGCCCUGUUUCUGUAAAUAUGCCCAGGGAGCUGACAGCGUGGAGCCCAUGUUUAGACACCUGAAGAACACCUACGCUGGACUACAGCUCAUCAUCGUGAUCCUACCUGGCAAAACACCAGUCUAUGCUGAGGUGAAGCGGGUGGGUGACACCCUCCUCGGCAUGGCCACCCAAUGCGUGCAGGUGAAGAACGUAGUAAAAACGUCCCCUCAGACCCUCUCUAACCUCUGCCUCAAGAUCAAUGUCAAACUGGGAGGCAUCAACAACAUUCUGGUUCCACAUCAGCGACCCACUGUGUUUCAGCAACCUAUCAUCUUCCUUGGGGCUGAUGUCACUCAUCCUCCUGCAGGAGAUGGAAAGAAGCCAUCUAUUGCAGCGGUGGUAGGCAGUAUGGAUGCCCACCCCUGCAGGUACUGUGCUACAGUGCGGGUCCAGAGGCCUAGACAGGAGGUCAUCCAGGAUUUGGCCUCUAUGGUGAGAGAGCUCUUAAUCCAGUUCUACAAGUCGACCCGCUACAAGCCAACAAGGAUCAUUUUCUACAGGGAUGGAGUGUCAGAGGGCCAGUUCAGACAGGUGCUGUACUAUGAGCUGCUGGCCAUCAGGGAGGCAUGCAUCAGUCUCGAGAAGGAAUACCAGCCCGGGAUAACCUACAUCGUCGUGCAGAAACGCCAUCACACACGCCUGUUCUGCGCAGAUCGCACUGAGCGGGUGGGACGAAGUGGAAACAUUCCUGCCGGCACCACAGUGGACACAGACAUCACCCACCCAUACGAGUUUGACUUUUACCUCUGCAGUCACGCUGGAAUCCAGGGUACCAGUCGUCCUUCUCACUACCACGUACUGUGGGAUGACAACUGUUUCACCGCUGACGAUUUCCAGCUCCUCACUUACCAGUUGUGCCACACCUACGUCCGCUGCACACGCUCCGUGUCCAUCCCAGCACCUGCCUACUAUGCUCACCUUGUAGCCUUCCGCGCUCGCUACCACCUGGUCGACAAAGAGCAUGACAGUGCGGAGGGCAGCCAUGUCUCAGGGCAGAGUAACGGCAGGGACCCCCAGGCUCUGGCCAAGGCUGUUCAGAUCCACCACGACACACUGAGGACCAUGUACUUCGCCUAAACACCCCUCCACUUCACUCCUCCUCCCAGUUACUCAGCCAGUCUUAGUGCCCAACUUCCUCCUGAUCCGGAGUGACUCUGUGCUGGCGCAGCUUUGCUGAAGCCAAACAACGACAGCGGCUGUGUAGGAAUGUCCUAGAGGAGUCCAGCCAUGUUAUCUAAUCUGAAACCAGCCAAUGUACUCCGGACCUCCAUCUCAUUCUCCCUGUGAGCCGUGUCCUCGCCUUCUGCAUUUUACAGACACUCAGUUUGAUUUUUAUGGGAUUAUUUGGGGUUUUAAAGAAUGGUGGAGCAGCCAGUAAUCAAAAAAUAUAUUAUUUUUGGUGCAUUGGUGGUAGAAUCACAGAGGACCUGACCUGCUUUGUAACCUCAUGUUGAGCCUAAUGUUCAUGUUUGUUCUUUGGCUUUCUAGAGCCUGUCUGUGUUGUUUCUCUGAGCAAGUGUGUGAUCGAUGUGGCAGCAUGUUAGCUUUGGCACCUUUUGUAAAUGGGCGGGCUGCCUUAGUGGUUUCUCUUCUGUCUCCCUUUAAGCCAGUUCUGUGUGGUUCCUCAGUCUGUCAGCCAGACAGUAAGCAGCAUAACUUUGCACUCUACCAACACAGACACUGAAUGAAAUCUUCAUUUUUCUAAGCAGAGCCACGUACAGCCGUUUUGAGGCAUUGUCGUUUGUCGCCUUAUUGUGAGGCGAGGUGCAUAAACAGAACUAUAAGAUUCAAAGUCAUUGCCAUGAAAUGGACUUUGUUCUUGUUUGUCUGACUAUUUAUGAUUUUUCUUUUUCCUUAACUUAAAUUAAUAAUAAUUUACAGCAAUAGUGUGUAGAUGACCACAAACCUUUGGACUUUUCCCAGUUUUUACUUUUAAAGAGAGAAAAAACUGACCGAUUCAGUUGUGAAGAACUCCUUCAGUGCAAUAACGUGUUAAAAUGGAGAGCGCAGGUGUGUUUUCAUGAGUAUUUGUGUUGUUCUUAAUGAGAUCUGGGAAGUGACAAUGAAGAUGGAAUCAGGAAUGUGCAGUAUUUGACAUUCUGGUGACCGUGUAGGACUGAUGCCUCAGACGUGAGGCUCGGUCGUGGUGAGGUCUGAUUGUGUUUGAGGAGGUUUGUUCUGUUAAAGUGCCUGAUAUGUUUAGAAAUUGAACAACUGGUAGGAUGGAAGGUCUUUUUGAAACGGUUUGGGUGCCUCAAAACAGUCGAUUUGUUAACAACACACACAGCACACUGGAUUGUAGAUGAUCCUACCGCCAGCCACGUGUGAUUGCUAAUGUUUGCUGCGUUUUUUGUUUUGUUUUUCUAAAUCACAGAUCUGAAUAUGAAAAAUGUUUGAGGUCCUACAGACUCAUCAUGUUAACCAGAAAAAAUAGUUUUCAUGAUUUUUACAGCUAAUCUUUGUUUUUUUCUUUGUUUUUUUUCGGCACAUAGAUGAUUUGAACAGUAAUUAUAUUUGACCGCUCUCCUUGGUCAUGUUUUCUAAAUGGUGCUUUUGGUCUCCUGGUUCCAGACCUCUAAAUGCAUUUCAUUUGGUUUAUUUGCUAGAGAAAACCUUUACAUCGGCUAAAAACAUCAAAAAUACACUCACUGUUCACCAACCUGGUUUUCCAGAUAAUGAAAUGAUCAAACUCAAGGCAGCAGCUUUGAUUCUUAUUUUUUUCCAUUUUUUGGUAAAUGUAUUUAACAAUCUCAAACGAGAUUAUAAAUUUUGUGUUUGAGAAGGAUUCGCUGUCCCAGCCUUUGAAAUUCAGCUUUUUAUUGCUGGGUUAUGUCUCAUUUGUUUUCACAAACAAAUUUGGAUUAGUGCAGCUACAAAGGCCUUAUUUUCAGUCAUUUGCAUGUUUAAAAAAAAUAAAUAAAUCAGAAGUCUGUAAACUCUGAGGGCGAUGCAUCAAAUUUCUUUUGUUGGACCCCAAGAGUCUAAAAUCUAAAUGUGUGGUUCAUUAUCAUGUAUGAUGAAGAACGGUAACGCGUUUUCCUUGAAAUAUAAUGAAAUUAAAUAAAAAUGCACAAUGCAUCAGCUGCUAUUGGCCCUGCUAACUGAUCUCAGCAGCUAUAAUCACUGAUGCAGGGCCACUAUUUAUCUGGUGCAUCCCAUCUAUUUUGAGCUAGACAAACAUGAAAAAUUUAUGGAAAGAGCUUUGUUUAUUUAAAAGAAGAAGAAAUAAUGACAACAAAAACCAGUAUCUGACAAGUUAAUCGACUAAUCGACUGAAAAUCAACUAAUCGUUGCAGUUUGAGUGCCAAGACGACACUUUUCUCAAAAGCAGAGUUAUCUUUUUUUUUUUUUUUUUCUGGGGGGUUUUCCUCUCUAUUUGGAUUUGCAGGUGGUGAUGUUGACAUCUUUAUUUGUUUAUUUUUCAACUUUUAGUCCAUCAUUGACGUCUCUGCACUGCUGCUAUUGUUGGACACCCAGCCCCACGCAGGCUGUUGCUCAUCUCAAACCUUCAGUUUACUUUAACACAAAUGAAGCCUUCAGGUUUCAUCCCUUGGACCAAACCCAUGUGCCUGGUCGGGGUGAGUGCUGACGCUCUCCUUGCCACGUGUCACCAGAAUCAGCUGCUAUAAGAGGAGUUUUAUUUAAUAUUUCAGCAGAUAAACAUAAAUACUGUAUAUUUAUACACAAAAAGCGAAAAGGAUAUUUUACUGCACUUAACAGAAAUUCAAGGGGGAGAGAAGUGCUAUGUUUGGCCGAGGCUGUUUCUUAAUGUCAGACAUUACCAGCAUUUGUUUUGGUUGUUUUUGUUUUGGGGGGGGUUGUUUGCUUUUUACUUGAACAAUAGCAAAAGUAAUGGCGGGCAUAUUUAACGUUGUUUGCUGGUGCUCUGCUCGUCUCUGUAAGUUGACCUUUAGACAGCCUUAUUACAGGAACCCCCUUCUCCACUAGUGAUGCCACAGGACUUCAGAUGCCUUUUUUUCCCCUUUUAAAGAAAAAAAACCAUAUUUAUAUUUAAACUUAAUAAUGAAAUGCAUGUAUUGCUUAUUUUUCUAACAAAGUCCUAUUUGAAGCAGAAGCCUAAUAACUAAUAACGUCGAGGUCUGCGAUAACUUUCCAAAUUUAGGUUUAUGUAUGCGAUCAAGGUUUGUGUUGUCGUAGAGCGAUCAGAUGAAUCCUCAGCCCUCCUCACACUCUGUUUGUGUUAUCAUCUCAAAAGCUCAUCUGAGAAGCUUUAGGACAUUGUUUGAUUUUUAUUCAUAUACUAAACUUUUUUUCUUUUGCAUAUUAAUGAGAGGAGGUUUUAUUUUGGGGGGGGGGUUGUUUUCCUGUCCGUUACAGACUGUGCCUUUUUCUGAUGGUGCUGGAAAAAAAAUGUUCAAAAAGUGUGCUGAGCCCAGAGUCUACAUUAAUACGUAUAUAUUAAUACCUGAAAAUACUGUAAUGUGUGUAUGGAUACCUCUGACAUGUAUGCCAAGAACACAAAAAUUUGCAGAAUUUAUCCGUUUUGAGCUGACAGGACCAAAAGGCCUGCAGGGAUUGGUUUAUUGGACGGGCACUCAAGCACAACCUAGAACCAAACAUUUUUCAGUAAUACAAAUCAUAACUUGGGCGGGGGGGUUGGGUGGGAAGCACUCAUGACUCGUAGGUAACGAAUAUCUCAGUGUAGACAUGAUGUAGCAUAUUUAUUUAUUUCUGUGAGGCGUACUGCAUGUUGUCCUCGGUUGGCGUUUUGAGUUUUGUGUGUUCGUUCUGAAAUGGACAGCAAUAAUGAAGCAGCUGUAAAAAUUUCUGUGCAAUCGGUUUGGCCGGCCUUCCUUUUUCUCCGUGUUUGCGUGUCUCUGUCUGAAAACUUCAUUUUGAUUUCGAAUGUGAAGUUCAGACGUUUACAGACUUGGACAAAGAGCUUUUGUUUCUCCACGAGUGCCCGUCUCCCAUGUUAAGGGAUUCCCCACAAAAUAAAUGAAUCUUUAGAUGCCUCAGAAGGUUGGCUGCAUAUCAUUCUUGAAGGAAAAAAAAUAUUUGAGUUUGAAAAUGUGUUUUGUCUUUUUUUUUUUCUGUUUUUUUAAUUUAUGAUAUUAAUAAUAAGUACAACUGUAUGUUAAAGAACUUUUAAAGUUUGUCUUAACACUCACCUGAUCCUGGUCCUAAGUUGAGCCUUUUUUAUUUGUCAUAUUUAAUUUUUGGAAUAAAUACUCUAUGUAUAAAA